AUGGGUCUUACGCAGAUACCAGUGGAUAUCAUAUCAUUUCCCUUCGUCCAAAGAUAUGGUCGAAAGUCGUCCAUUAUCAUUUCCGACGUACUAGGCGGUGUUCUUCUCUUUGUAUCCGCAUUUCUACCAAGAACCACGACGCGUCGCGGCGGAGACAAGGCGGCGGCGGCGGCGGCUCGUCACGCGGAGGAGGAGAGGACUUGUAAGGAGCAUUCGUUUCUGACAGACGUGUCGGACGUACGUAAGAUGGAGCAAGGCUUGCUCUCUCUACUCAACGAUUUCCACUCCGGCAGGAUGCAGGCAUUCGGUGAGGAUUGUUCGUUUGAGAAGAUGGAUCAGGUGAGAGAGCAGCAGGAGCGACUCGCUAAGCUUCACUUCGACCUUGACACCGAACUCGAGACACUGGGGAUGGAAACGCCGAAGGCUCGAUCGGUCGCCAACGAGAAUCUGACGAAACUCGUCACGGAUUUACAGGAACUGAGUCAUUCCAUACAGGGCUUGCACUCUAAGGAGCCGGUGACGGCAGCGGCGGCGGCGGCGGCAGCGGUGACGAUACAACAUCAUCCGCAGGACGAAGCGAGGAGCGAGCGGAAGCACCAUCGUCAUCAUCACGGUCAUCGCAGCAGCCACAGGACGAAGGAAGCCAAAUAGAGAUGCGGAGGGAGACAGAGAGAGAGAGAGAGAGAGAGAGAGAGAGAGAGAGAGAGAGAGAGAGAGAG